AUGAUUUUUUUCUCAUUUUGUCCUGUAGCCACGUGGCCUCAUCAUUUGAAACGAUCAUUGCUUCAUCCCAUCUCACUCACUUCUCACUUUUCAACUUUCUCUCUCUGGUUUCGCAAUUUUCCCCAAUCUCAGCCUAGGGUUUUUUAUCGCAAACACCCUCCUUCCUUCCUUCCCUGCCAGGUUGCGAGCAAAGGAUUCCGAAGCUUCGACUCUGCUGGAAGAAAAAUGAGACCUGUUUUCUGCGGAAACCUGGAUUUCGACGCCCGACAAUCUGAUGUGGAGAGGCUCUUCAGAAGAUACGGGAAAGUCGAUAGAGUUGACAUGAAAUCUGGGUUUGCUUUCGUCUACAUGGAAGAUGAACGUGAUGCUGAGUAUGCAAUCAGAAGACUUGAUAGAACAGAAUUUGGUAGAAAGGGACGGCGGAUUCGUGUUGAGUGGACUAAGCAAGAACGUGACAGUAGAAGGUCAGGUGGUGAUUCCAGAAAAUCUUCAUCUAAUUCAAGACCAUCCAAAACUUUGUUUGUUAUAAAUUUUGAUCCAGUUCACGCCAGGACAAGGGAUCUGGAGAGACAUUUUGAUCCUUAUGGGAAAAUAUUAAAUAUAAGGAUCAGAAGGAAUUUUGCUUUUAUUCAAUAUGAAUCCCAGGAGGAUGCUACUAGAGCUUUGGAGGCGACCAACUUGAGCAAGUUCAUGGACCGUGUUAUCACAGUGGAGUAUGCCAUAAGAGAUGAUGAUGACAGGGAUAAAAGGAACGGAUACAGUCCUGAAAGAAGAGGUCAUGACUCUCCUGAUGGGAGAUAUGGUCGUGGUAGAUCACCUAGUCCAUAUCGCAGAGGUAGGGGUAGCCCAGAUUAUGGUCAUGGAUCAAAUCCAGCUUCCAGACCAGAAACAAAAGGUAGCCCCAAGUAUGAACGAGCUGAAAGUCCGAUAAAUGGGAGAUAUGAUAGCCGGUCUCCACCACCCCGAGAUAGGUCACGCUCUUGA